AUGUAUUGGUGCGCUGGACCAAGCGGACGCGUUGGAUUUCUGCACGUCGCCUCACCGUGGCGGACUGUUGGCUCGAUUGUGUGUGCGGCUUGCAUGAGGAAGUUGCGAGAAGCUGUGUUUGGUCUUUGUUGGUACGGUGGUUGCCUUGUUUGA